UUUCUUUCCCUCAGCUGGAAUCAACUCGAGCCAUAUCGCGUUCACGAACGCGAAUUUUGAAAGCAUUGUACGUUGGAAUGCAUCUGCAUCGGAGUCGGCGGACGGAGUUACUCGGCGUUUUAUAUACGACUCUAUUUAAUCCCCAAUGUUCUUCUGGCAACCUGCCUACGCCGCAUGGGACCGUUCUGGACACCGCUCCUAUCCGGACAUGAGAAUCGUUGCUCAGUCGGUUCCUUCCAGUAACGGCUUUCCAGCGUUUCUCAUUUACACUGGGUUGGCUAUCUUUGCCGCUGACCGGUCUUCUACCUAUCGCGAUACUAUUUACGGCGCCGAUUGUAUAUCACGGCCUUCUAUGCAUCGCUGUAUAAAUCCGACAACAUCUGUGGGCUUCUCGGCUUCUUCUUGGGUUGGACUGGCGCUGACCUUGACCCUUUUUACUAAUAGCUUAUUUUCGUCGGGCCUCUCUAUGCCCCGCUCUUUUCUGUCGUUUCAGUCAAGCACUUCUAGAGCCUUUUCGCACGUCUCGUCUUUCCUGCAACAACCCUCUCCCUUUUGGUCAAUUGGCGGUUCGUCCCUUUUGUGCGUCUUUUGGCGCAUGUUCAUGGAGCUCCUCCAGCAAAGAGUUUUGGGAUCGGUUCGAACGGAACGCAUGGAAUCAAGUAUUCGGAGGUUUGUCUCUGAUGUUGUCUUUUGGUGUUUUGGUAAUGCUUAGGAGGGGAGGAGGCGUGGGGAGGAUCAGGGCCGAUGGGGAUGAAGAGGGGCCCAUCAAGCAAUGGGGAGAAGAAAGUGGAAGUAUGGAUGA